GGUGGGGAGUGUGGCAAGACGUGGAAAGAACUUUUGCAGCACAGCAAAGAGGUGUAGCUAAAAAUCAUGACUUGGAGUGUGCUUCAGGGAAUGCCUGUGCAGUCCAAGGAGGGUCUGGGGCACACAGCCAAACUAGACAGCAGGGCUGAAUGUGCUGUAUAAGCAUUUGGUAGUAUAGGCCACUCAUGGGGCAGUCCAGGCACCUACACAGCAGGUGCUAUCUUAGACAUCCUAGGAUAUGGGAGACCUUUGUGCCGUGUUGGCAGAUAUGAUACAGGACUCCAGCCCACCUUUAGAAAAAGAGUAAUCUGGAGGCCAGAUGAGAUGAUCGUGGCAUCCAGCAUCCAUUAAGUGCUUGCAUCUGGAUAACUAAAUCUUCUCCGUUCAUGUUACUCAAUUCAGCAGAUGCUUGCAGAGUGGCAGUGGUGGAAUAAAUGAGUCAAUAACAGCCAUUUUAAAUACCUUACAAAAUAACAGUCUAAUCAGAAGUCUUUAGUUCCUAUUAAAAAAAAAAUAGGAGAAGAAAAAAAAAGAAAUGUAUGAGCAGAACUCUGAAGAGCUGCUUUAUUUAGUACAUGUGGGAGAAUGCUGGCACAGCUGUGUGUUCUGUGAGGCUGAAAUGAGGUUAUAUUGAGAAGAUUGCUCAGAUACCAUUUCCAGAAAGCAAGUACCCACUAAGCAAGGCACAUCUCACAAGAGGUAGCUUACCCAUCAGGUCAGCAGGUGGUUCUCACAGUCCCUCCAAGCUGUACUUAGGUGUGGAAUGAGAGAGCAGAGCUGCCCACUUGUUUCUCAGCUAAAAUUUCAAGCUGCAGAAGGGUGUCAUGCUCCAUGGCUGUGAAACAUCUCUCUGUAUAAAUAGCUGGUGAGAUUUCAAAGGGCCUGUUCAAGUGCAUCUGAAACCAUAAUUGCACACAUCUUGUCUUGGGGAAGGGCAGGUACGCACAGAAGAGUGAUCACUGCUGUCACUGUCCCUAGGCAGUGCAGGAUCUAACACAAGCUGCCAGAGCUCUGCAGCUGGACUGGCGUGGGCUACUGGUGGGAGUUGGGACAAUUGCUUUUUGCUUCCCAUAGACAGCAGAACGUCAAGACUCCUCUCUGUGCUUUCACUUUGGGUUAUGGCUUCAAGUCCUGUGUAAUGGAGUCCUGUGGAUGUUGAGAACAGCAUGGCUUUUUGGUUUGGAUUGGUCUUUUUUUCUCCUAAUUCUUGCUGUUUUUAUUCCCUGCUGUCCCGGUUAAAGGUGAAAAGUGUUUAAGUGUGGAGGAGGCAGAGGAAGGUUAACAUAAUGGGUCAAGAUAUGUGGCUAGUGCAAAUUAGGUCAGCAGAAUUCUCCCGGUGAUAAAUUUGGCUCAUUAAUGGGCUCUUGCUUUUCCUUACAAGGGCAGGCUGCUAAUAGCAGAGCAAAGCUGUUGCUAUGAGAUGUCUUGAAGGGAGAAACUAAAAUGGGAAACAAAAACAGUUUUCUAUUUGAUUGAAAAUGGGUCAGUCACAGCCUUCUGCUGCUCUGUGACUGUCUAUUCUUUCCUGGAAAACAGCAGCACUGCCUCUAAACAGCCUCAUUACCUAGGUGGGGGGGUCAGAUCUCUUCAAAGGAGAGUUCUUACCUUCCAGUGGCCAGGAGGUGCCAGAUCCAGUGACUGCAGACAGGCUGGGCAGGGGAAAGCCCUUCUAGUAAUGAGUGAGGUCUGAGCCAUCCCUCAGCAUCCCUGUGGAUGCUGCGACUUGCAGCCUCUCCACCCACCCACUGCUAAUGAGCUUUGUGGGACAGGGUUGAAUCUGAUGUAGCAAACAAAUGUGGCUCCUCUCCUGGCACCUUAGGGACCUGUGCCUGCACUAUCCAACUGCGGUACAGAUGCUGUCCAGCCGUCCCUCUGCUUCCCUUAUGUCACCACCUCAUGCUGGGGUCCCUCUUGCUGGUGUGGGGGUGGCUCUUGCUUUCCCAAAUCAGUGUGGCCUGACUGAGCUCUGGAAGGGUGCUUUAAAUCACACAUUUCUUUUAAUAUUGCACAAUGAAAUUUCCAUGUCACACAUGACUGUCUUCUCAGAAAACCUCCUGAUAACUGGUAUGAGCUACUUUUGUACAGUAUCCCCAAGGGUCUCUCCUGUUGGGUAUACACAGGAUUUCAGUCAGUUCUCCAAGUGCUAGGGCUGCCUGGCUUCAUGCCCUGUUCUCUCUGUCCCAGUGGUGACUGCUAGUGGAGCAGCCAGCAAGCUGUGGGUGCUGCUGGCCAGGCCGGGACCAUACCCUCUUACUCUAGGGACCAGCUUUCCCUUCCACUGCUCAACUUCUUUCUCUUUUGUCCUGCAUGAGAUUAAGUGGCUAUGAAAAGAGUUUAUCAUUUACUCUUUCCUCAUCUGUCUUUGCUAGCUCUGACUUGGAAGCUACUGUAAGCUUUCUAUAUGCCACUGGCUGUAAAUGCUUGGAGUCUGCAUGCAGCUGUGAUACCUGAGGAGGAAAGCAGACUUCCCUUGGUGAUGCUGUGGAGGUAGCUUGUAUUACAAGUAACAGCUGUUGGAAAUGCUGGCUGUGCAGUUCUUUUCUAUUCCAGAUCAUCAGCACAUGGAAGUUGCCUGGGAUCCAGGACCCAGAACGAUCUCACUGAGCUGCAGUUUAUGCAGUGUUGUAAUAAUUUCUGCCCCCUGCACUGUGAAAUUUCCAUUUGACACUAAUCUUUAAAGCUGGAGGAUGGAGGAGCCAGAAGGAAGUUCAGUGGAAUCCCCUGGAAGUCCAUGCUCAUAGCUGCUGUGGUAUCCUACAGGGAGUUAGACUGCCAAAGGACCUGCAGAUGAUGUUGUGAAGAGCAGUGAAGUUUCUGAGCCUUUAACAGCUCCAGCACACAGCUGGAGCAGCCCUGCUCACCUGCAAGCCUAGCAGAUCUUCCUUCGCUGUGUUUACCAAGACAUCAAUAAAAAUAGAGACAGGUAAAAUGAAAGAAAGAAUUUCUGAUUUGAUUGUAAAGAGAGCACCCAGUGGAGUAACCAGAAGAAUAAGGAUCCCUCUGGCUUCUCUCUCCAGGGACUCAGACCUUGGCAGCAGUGCCAAGCAGUUCAGGGAACCUUCCUGGGAGCCCAGGAGAGCCACUGCUUGUCCUGCCACAAUAGGGUCCAUUUCCCGCCUGCAUCCUGGUGCAGCCAUGCUGGCCACAGCAGUGAGGCUCUUGGUCCUGUUCAGCCUCCUUGGCUUUGGGAAAUGCCAGAUGUUUCACAUGGGACCAUGCCCAGACCCAGCAGUCCAAGAAGACUUCGAUAUCAACCAGUAUUUAGGCAAAUGGUACGAGAUAGAGAAGCUGCCCUCAGGUUUCGAGAAAGGAAGCUGCAUCCAGGCAAAUUACUCAUUGAAGGAAAAUGGGAAGUUCAAGGUGAUCAACAAGGAGCUGCUCUCCAAUGGCAAAGUCAACGAGGUUGAAGGAGAAAUCAUGCACAUGGACGUAAAGGAGCUGGCCAAGCUGGGUGUCCGCUUUAACUGGUUCAUGCCUUCAGCCCCUUACUGGGUCAUCUCCACUGACUAUGAAAACUACUCGCUGGUUUACUCCUGCACCAACAUUCUCUGGCUCUUCCACAUUGACUAUGCCUGGAUUUUAUCAAGAGCUCCAGACAUGCACCCAGAAACCGUGGAGCACCUGAAGAGUGUUCUCCAGUCCUACAAGAUCGACACUGAGAAAAUGAUGCCCACGGAUCAACUUAACUGCCCUUCCGAGAUGUAACUCCGGCAUGCAGUGACAGCACCAGACCAGCGAUGAACUUUGUUGCUUUCUGAUUUAUCCAUUAGAAUUUCUCUAUAUAACAGAGAAAUGUAGUAAUCCCUUGCUAACGGUAGUUUGCCAGCCUUGAGUUAUGCUUUGCUGUUGUUCUAUCACUCUUCCCCUUUUUUUCUCACUCUGACUUUCGCAGAGUAACUGACUGAUUCAAAGCUAAUGGGUGAAGAAAAGAAAUUCUGAAGUGCAAACGUGAAGCUCUGCUGUUGCUGUGAGUUCUCCUCUGUGUGGAUGGGAAAGGGUAUGAGACAUGAUGUACAAGUAUUCAUCCCACGAGAAACCUUUCAUCGCACAGCCCCAGGUUUGUUUUCCAUUUUUGUCUUGAUGCUUCUGGGCUUGCUGCAAGUCUGUGGUGUCUGAGCUACACUGCAGGCACUGCCUUACAAGGGGCGGCAUCCAAACACAGUGUGUCAGUCCUGCAGACCUGGAACUUAGACUGUGGUCUUGAGUGUUUUCUGGUGCAGGCCUGCUGGCAUACGUUGCUGCCACAUCAGCAGGCCUCCUGACUAGGAAUCAGAUCUGGCCCUUUGUAUUUAAAGUCUAAAAAUGUCCAGAAAUUCAGCAUGGCUCCAUCCCCAGUGUCUGUAUGUGUCCUCUCUCGCCUCUAGUGAGGCUGGUCCUGCACACCCAAGGGGUCAGCUCUGAGAGUGCUCAUAAGAAGACAGAAAGAGAUGGGGCUGCUCCACUGUCCUCUCUUCUGGAAGCUUUUCCCUGAACACGAAGAGAUGGCAGGCUCUGCCUGAUGUCCUGCUUACCGCUUUUGUACGCACUGAGUGCCUGCUGGCACUGCAACUGCCUUGGCAGGUGUCCACCAGGCACCACGACAACUCUGCUUGAAUAGCACUGAUGCAGCUCAUUAAAAAUGAAAUUAAAA